AUGUGGAUUAAUAUUCAAAUUGGUCUUGAGCUUCCACGAGAUGACACUGGAAAGCCAGUUUCAUGUGUGAACUGGGGCGCUAGUUUAAUGAAGAAAGUUGAAGCCGACGCCAAAGCAACCUGCACCCUACAAUGCGGCUUGACAAAAGAAGAACUGAACAGAGUCGGCCCAUUCUCAAGUGCGAAAAAGCUGUGGGAAAAACUGAUCGAGCUGCAUGAAGAGACUUUUGAUACUAAAGAAGGUGAGACAGCUAGCCAACUUCAAUCACGUAUUCAAGAUCUGCUGAACGGUCAUCAUCGAAUCGGACAGAAGGUGGAGAAUUGA